AUGUCCAGAUCGGGUGAUAGAACAUCCACCUUUGACCCUACACACAGUGACACCCUGCUGCACGGGCUCAACCUGCUAUGGAGGAAACAGCUUUUCUGUGAUGUGACUCUCACUGCCCAAGGACAGCAGUUCCACUGCCACAAAGCAGUGCUGGCGUCCUGCUCUCAGUAUUUCAGGUGUCUCUUUUCUAGCAGUCAUAUGCUCAACAACGAGGGGACCAACAACAACAAGGACCAGGGGAGCAGUGGUACCCCAUCUUCCUCCCCCGAUGACAAGCUGAUGGCAAGCACCCGGUCCAUCAACAACCUGGUCCUCCAAGGCUGCUCCUCCAUCGGACUACGGCUAGUGCUGGAGUACCUGUACACUGCCAACGUCACUCUCUCUCUGGACACUGUGGAAGAGGUGCUCUCGGUCAGCAAGAUCCUUAAUGUCCCCCAGAUCACCAAGCUCAGCGUGCAGUUCCUCAAUGACCAGAUCUCUGUACAGAACUACAAGCAGAUCUGCAAGAUCGCAGCACUGCACGGCUUGGACGAGACCAAGAAGCUGGCCAACAAGUACCUGGUGGAGGAUGUGCUGCUGCUGAACUUUGAGGAGAUGUGCGCCAUGCUGGACGCUCUGCCGCCCCCGGUGGAGUCGGAGCUGGCUCUCUUCCAGAUGUCUGUGCUGUGGCUGGAGCAUGACCGGGAGACUCGCAUGCACUACGCCCCGGACUUGAUGAAGAGGCUGCGCUUCGCCCUCAUUCCGGCCCCGGAGCUGGUGGAGAGGGUGCAGUCGGUUGACUUCAUGAGGAGUGACCCAGUGUGCCAGAAGCUGCUGAUGGAUGCCAUGAACUACCACCUGAUGCCCUUCAGACAGCACUGCAGGCAGACCACAGCCAGCAAGAUUCGUUCCAAUAAGAGGAUGCUGUUGCUGGUGGGUGGCUUGCCUCCUGGACCUGAUCGACUCCCCAGUAAUCUGGUCCAGUACUAUGAUGACGAGAAGAAGACAUGGAAGAUCCUCACUAUAAUGCCUUACAACAGUGCCCAUCACUGUGUGGUGGAGGUGGAGAACUUCAUACUACUGCUGGGUGGAGAGGACCAGUGGAACCCCAAUGGAAAGCACAGCACUAAUCAUGUCAGCCGGUAUGAUCCACGAUUCAACAGUUGGAUACAACUUCCGCCUAUGCAGGAAAGGAGAGCCAGUUUCUUUGCCUGCUGCCUGGAUAAGCACCUGUAUGUGAUUGGUGGGAGGAACGAGUCGGGCUACCUCUCCAGCGUGGAAUCCUACAACCUGGAGACUAACGAGUGGAACUACGUGUCCUCCCUGCCCCAGCCCCUAGCCGCACACGCUGGAGCAGUGCACAAUGGGAAAAUAUAUAUCUCAGGCGGAGUCCAUAAUGGAGAAUACGUUUCCUGGCUGUAUUGCUACGACCCCAUCAUGGAUGUGUGGGCCAGGAAACAGGAUAUGAACACAAAGAGAGCCAUUCAUGCCCUGGCUGGGAUGAAUGACCGCCUCUACACUAUUGGGGGCAACCAUCUGAAAGGUUUCUCUCACCUGGAUGUAAUGCUGGUGGAGUGUUAUGACCCCAAAGCGGACCAGUGGAACAUCCUCCAGACACCAAUCCUGGAGGGACGCAGUGGCCCCGGCUGUUGCAUCCUGGACAACAGCAUCUUCCUAGUGGGAGGAUACAGCUGGAGCAUGGGAGCCUACAAGUCUUCCACCAUCUGCUUUAGCCCAGAGAAGGGGACCUGGACAGAGCUGGAGGGAGAGGUGGCAGAGCCCUUAGCAGGCCCAUCCUGCUCCACUGUCACAUUGCCUGCCUGUCUGCCCUUCAACAAAUAA